AUGCGGGACUAUGAGGUGUACACGAGCGCGGCAGUCUCGAUCAUCGUUCUCUAUGGCAUCGCCUCUAUCGCACGUCAAUACGCACGGCUGAAGCACAUCAGGGGCCCCCCAAGCGCAGUAUUUACCAAAUGGUGGCUUGUGCGCGCCCUACAUAGUGGCAGGGUGCAUCUUGAAUUCUACGAGGCCUACCAUAAAUAUGGUAAGUUUGGGACCCAUGCCGUUUCUCAAGGCCAACAAACGUCCAACAUUGCAGGAUCUCUUGUACGUGUCGGGCCGAGGGAUCUGAUCACGAGCGACCCAGACCUCAUGAAGCACAUGCUCGGCGUGCGUACCAAAUACAGUCGGUCGGAUUGGUACGAUGCCAUGAGGCUCGAUCCCGGCAGGGAUAAUGUAUUGUCCAUGAGGGACGAGGCGUUACACGCCCACAGGCAGUGCUCCCAUGAAAUCAUUCGCAGCCUGAAGAUGUUCCCCCAAACAAGAAAUCAUUCGACGUGGCUCAUCUUUGACCUCAUCCGGUGA